GGUCAUUCGAGGUAAAACAUGUUUACACAGCAUCACUCAAAUGGAAAACGACGGGCGUGGUGAGCGCAUAGACAGAGGAAAGUCAAAUAAAAGAACUUCCAGAAGUUUGUCAAGGGAACGUGAAAGCCUGCGAGACUGGAGAGAUUCUGCAAGAGAUUCUCCACGGGAUAGAAGAGACAGUGGACAUAAUUCACCGACUAGGGACCCUCAGUACCGCAACCCACAGGCCAACAGUUCAGCACAAAGUACUAGAGGUAAGUCCCCGGGGGAUAGGAACGAAGCUUUUGAGGCGUUUGAUCUUUUUAGAACGUAUUUGGACUCACAGUUAUCGCAGCUGAAAAACGAAAUUACUGCGCCUACGCAAAAAGUAGCCAGAGAUAAGAAAGUAAAAUUAAAUAAAGAAUCUCACAAAAUUCAGUUUGAAUUUAAUACAGACAUUUUGGAAGGUUUAGAAUAUGUAUCGAAGCAGCUGUCUCAACCCGAGUUUCUAAAAGCAGAGGUUAAGGAGCUUAUAGAUAAAUUAAGACACAGAAAUAAGCUGAUACAGAUAGCCGACGGUUCCCCCGGGGGCUGGGCCACAGUCUCUGAAUAUGAGAAACCGGUACUCGGUACCGAUAGCGAUGACGAGAAGAAAAUCAGACAGGCGGAAUCUAGGGCCGCCAAAAAGGUUAAGACAGCUACUUCGAAGCCGAACAGAUAUCAUCCUUAUAACCCUAAUCCUUUUCCUUUCAUGUACAAUAAACCCUCAACUACGAGUAAUGCUGGAGUGGACUACAGUUUGCCCCAACGCACCAACUUUCAGCUUUUUUGA